ACAUUGUUACUGGAUACCCAUCUGGAUCAGUUGCAGUACAAUAGGCAGAUCUGUAUCUACCAGAUGGAUGUUUUAGACCAGCAAAAUUUGACAGUUGAAUACUGCUUUCCUGACAACAACUUAUCUUGCACAAAGCAGGUCCAUACAGGCCCUGCUUAUACACUGUUAUUCAUUUUCCUCUCGUUUGUAUGUUUAUGUGCCGUGUUUUUUAAUCUGCUAGUGAUUAUCUCCAUCUCUCACUUCAAGCAGCUUCACUCUCCAACCAACCUGCUCAUCCUCUCUCUGGCUUUGGCAGAUCUUCUUGUAGGAAUAUUUGUUAUGCCUAUAAAUAUAAUGCAAUUAAGUGAUUCCUGCUGGUAUCUUGGGAAAAUUGUAUGCUGUCUUUUUCCAGUAAUCAGUAGCGUGUCUUUAUCAGCAUCUCUCUAUAGCAUGGCUUUUAUUGCAGUUGAUCGGUACAUUGCUAUCUGUUACCCUCUGCUUUAUUCUGCUAGAGUCACAGUGUGCAGAACCAAACUGGCCCUCAUUUUAGGCUGGUCAUUUGCUGCAUUCUAUAUAGCUAUCAUUUACUAUUUUAGUGACCAUCUUUUUCCAUCUCAGAUAUCUUUUAAGUGUUAUGGGGAGUGCGUGAUCAUAGUUAAAUAUUCCUGGAUGAUUGUUGAUCUAGUGUUUUCAUUUAUCUGCCCGUGCUUUAUUAUAGUGAUCUUAUAUUCACUUAUUUUUAAAGCAGCAGUACGCCAGGCUAAAGCUGUCAGAGCUGUAGUGAAUGCUGCCUCCCAAAGAAAAAAAGUCAAAGUGUCAAACUCCUCUGAAACCAAAGCAGCAAAAAAACUAGGCAGUAUAAUCUGCAUUUAUCUUGUUUGCUGGAUACCGUUUUAUUUUUCUUGUCUGUCAGUUGAAAGCUUGACCUCUUUAUCAAUGGUGUGGACUGUAUUUACCUGGUUAAUCUACAUAAAUUCCUCUGUGAACCCAUUAUUGUAUGCUAUAUUCUAUCCGUGGUUCCGAGCAUCAGUGAAGUUUAUUGUUACUUGUAAAAUACUUGAAUCCUCAUCUUCAAGGCUUAAUUUGUAUAAAGAGCAUUCUCUGCCUAAUGCUUGAUUCCACUUCAUUAUUGUUAUUUACCUCCAUGGACACAAUGUAUACUGCAUUUUAA